AUGAACACGGAAAAGCUGAAGAAGUUGCAGUCACAGGUGCGCAUCGGAGGUAAGGGUACUCCUAGACGCAAGAAGAAGGUGGUCCACGCGACUGCCGCGACGGAUGACAAAAAGCUACAGUCAUCCCUGAAAAAGUUAUCAGUGAACACGAUCCCCGGCAUCGAGGAAGUAAAUAUGAUUAAAGAUGACGGCACAGUGAUUCACUUCAAUAACCCUAAGGCCCAGGCAUCGCUUGCGGCGAACACCUUCGCCAUCACCGGUCACGGUGAGAACAAGCAAAUAGCCGAGAUGCUCCCCGGCAUUCUCAGCCAGCUCGGCCCCGAAGGGCUCAACCAGCUUAAGAGGAUAGCGUCCAGUGUCGCCGUCCCGAAACCCAUAGAUGAGGACGAUGAAGUACCUAACCUAGUCGGCAACUUCGAUGAAGCCUCGAAACAGGAGGCCAAAGAGGUAAUCACCGAGGAAAAGGAAAAAGAAAAAGAAAAGGAGGAAAAGAAACCUGAGGCAGAAACCAAAGUAGCCGACAAGAAGACCGAUUAG